AUGGCUAAAACUAUUCAUUACGUGAGUCUCACCAUUCUGGUGCUAGCCUUGUUUGCAAAUCCUUCUUCUCCGUUGGAAGGAAAUCAACUGUUCAAUUUGAUCCUAACGCUGAAAAAUCCCGUCUGUCCGAGUAUCGUUUUAAUUUUUGACCAACUCUCCUGGGACGAAGAGUUGGAGGACCUGUCGGAGGAAUUAUUCCAACUUAGCUACUCGAAUCCAAUCAUUUUACUUUCGAGUCAUCAAAAUGUUUUACAAGAAUGCGCAAGGAGCAAAAGCAAAUGGAAUAACUUGGGAGCCAUCGCUUGCAGUAACGUCAUCAUUUUCAGUCGUCAUCCGGAGGAACUAGGGCGGAUUCACCAUCAGCUGACGGACUGCAUCUACGCCUCUCAAAUAGUUAUCGUAGCCGAGAUGGCGUCCAAUUGGGCCGAUCUCUGGUUGAAAAAGAUGAAGAGCGAAAUCAUCGUCCUGAUCCUUCGGGAACGUCACAAAGGUCUCAGAGAAAUUCGUCACUGGAUGACCAACAACGAAAUCAAUCGCGUCAAACUCUUGCGCAAAUCGAAUGUCAGCAGGAAAGAGUUGGGAUUUGAAACUAAUAGAAAUCUGAUGGGCCGUAAUUUAAUAGUAGCCACUUUGAAUUUCCCGCCGGUUGUGUUCAUCAGCAACCAGUCGAUCUACGGCAUCGAGCCUUCGCUCAUGGAAGUUCUGGCCAGCGAUUUGAACUUCACCUUCGACUAUUUCCCCGUGUCGCCCAACGAGAUGUGGGGCUCCGUCUCCGGAGAAGGUGAGAACCUAACGGCUACGGGCCUUUUGGGAGCGCUGAUGAAGAAAGAGGCCGACGUGGCGCUGGGCAAUCUCUACAUUGACUACACCCGUCUAUCCAUCAUCGGAUUCAGCUCGUAUUACAAGAUUUCCGAAGAGUGUUUCUCGGUGCCGGCCACUCGCCCUUAUCCAAAAUGGAAGGCCUUGUAUUAUCCGUUCUCCAACCAAGUGUGGAUCGCCACCAUCUUGUCCAUCUUCUUCGUCAUUUUGACGCUGCGUCUGGUAGCCAAAUGGUCGAUCGAGUCGUCGGUGGUCGACGCUUAUUAUCACGAUCCAGUUUUAUGUUUCUUGACCGUCUGGGGCCAUUUGUUCGGACUCCAACAAGCCCAGGAAAUUCGAUCGAUGGCCAAUCGGAUUUUUCUCGUUUGGUGGCUGUUCGGCGCUCUGAUUCUCUCGACCGGCUACCGAUCGGGAUUGAUUUCUUUCAUGACAUUUCCGUUCACCCCUGCGCCGAUCAACACGAUCGAGCAGCUGGUGGCCAGUCCCAUCAAAAAAAUCAUCUACGACCCGUUGAUGAAGGAGAUCCUGAUGAAAUCGGACAAUGCGCUGCAGAGGCAACUGGGCAGCCAAGUCGUCACCAACGACAAUUUGACUUACAUGUUCUCGCUGAUGGAUUCCGGCGACUGGGCGGUGGAUGCCAACCUGGACAACCUGCGCUACGUGGUGGCCACCCAGUACCCGAUGACCCAGGAUGGACCUCGAGUCCACCUGAUGAGCGAGUGCGUUUUCUCGAUGAGGGCCGCUCUGGGCCUGCAGAAAGAGUCGCCGUUGAAGCUUUACUUUGACCGGGAAAUUCAAAGAGUCAUCGAAGCCGGUCUGGUCGAAUACCACCGGUCCAGAUUCGCUAAAAAGGCCGUCACCUGGAACCCCAAAACGUCGAAGAAAAAAAUGGUAGCCUUCUCUUUGGACAGCCUCCAAGGAGCGUUUUAUUCCUAUGCCAUUUUUGUGUCAUUAUCCACUCUGGCGUUUAUUGGCGAAUUGAUUCACGCAUGGAUCAAAACUCGAUUUCUAAAAAAAUAA